AUGCUUUUUACCAGCUCAUUAUUCCUUAUCGCUGGUGCUGCUCAAGCUUAUGCUGCUACUACCACUAGUAGCAGUUUCGCUCCUCAAUUUUCUCCUAUCUUUCCCAACAUGAAGAAGGCUACUGGCGUUGUCACCUCUUACAAUCCCAAUCAGUAUAAGCCUACUGAUACUUUGGACACCUCAGGAUUAAGUGGUUAUCCUAAUCCCUGGGAAGCUCCUAGCACCACCUCUGCUGAAGUCAAGGCUGCCUACAACUUGAUUAAUUGGUCUAAGGUCCCCAAAGCCCCCGUCAGAAAGCAAAAAUCUAACGGUGACUGGGUAUCUGAUUCUGAUGGUGAUUCUGAUCCUUAUUGUUGGUGGUCUUCCACUAAUUGUCUCUCCCCCAAGGCUUCUUAUUUACCUGAUGAUAUUUACACAUGUCCCAAGAAGGGUGACUGGGGUUUAAAUUACGAUGAUGGACCUUUCAACAGAUACACUGACGAAAACGCGAAGAAGGAAAAUCCUUACGCCGAGCCUGCUCUCUACAAUUUCUUGCAAAAGACUGAGCAAAAGUCCACUCUUUUCUACAUUGGUUCCAAUGUUGCUACUUACCCUGCUGCUGCUAAGCGUGGUUUAAAUGAUGGUCAUCAACUCUGUUCUCAUACUUGGUCUCAUCCUGUUAUGACUACUCAAACUAACAUCCAAAUUGUUGCUGAACUUUACUGGACCCUUAAGGCUAUCAAGGAAGCUACUGGUGUUACCGUCAAGUGCUGGCGUCCUCCUCAAGGUGAUGUUGAUGAUCGUGUUCGUUCCAUUGCCUGGCAAAUGGGUAUGAGAACCAUUCUUUGGGAUGAAGAUACCAACGAUUGGGCUAUGCCUGCUCCUGGUGGAGGUGAUCUUGCCCCCAAGAAGGUCGAUGCUUACUUUGCAGGUUUGAUCAAGAACGAAAAGGCCGGAAAAUACAAGACUGGUCACAUUGUUCUUGAACACGAACUUAACAGUGCCACCGUAAACAUGUCUAUGUUUUGGAUGCCCAAGAUUCAAGCUGUCUUCAAUGUUGUCCCUGCUUUAACCUGUAACAACAUUCUUCAACCUUAUUGGGAAGAAAACUUUGUUUACCCCGCCGGUAACUCUGGUCCUUCUCCCCCUGCUUCUACUACCACUGCUUCUCCUGCUCCUGUUCCCACUGGCUCUCCUUCUACAUGUACUCCCGGCUCAUUUGGUUUAGGUCAAGGUGAUGGUUACAACGGUGCUUGUUGUAACGACCAAUCUGACUGUUUGGAUGAUUGUCUUAGUGGGUCUUGUAACGGUGAGGCUAACCCUAAUGCACCCGUCACAACCGCUCCUCCUGCUACUGCUACCACUGCUUCUCCCGCUCCUGUUCCUACCGGUUCUCCUUCCACAUGUACCGCCGGUUCAUUUGGUUUAGGUCAAGGUGAUGGCUACAAUGGUGCUUGUUGUAAGGACCAAUCUGAUUGUUUAGAUGACUGUCUUAGCGGAUCUUGUAACGGUUUAGUUAACCCUAACAAGCCUGUUACUACCACCACCAAGAAGACUACUACUACUACCAAGAAGACUACCACUACUACUAAGAAGGCUACCACUACUACCAAGAAGGCUACCACUACUACCAAGAAAGCUACCACCACCACCAAGAAGGCUACCACCACCACCAAGAAACCCACUGCUACUGCCAGCUGUAUUGCUGGUGCCAGAGGAAAGAAGAAGGGAAACGGUAAGACCGGUUACUGUUGUUCCUCUAGCGACGAUUGUCUUGAAACCUGUCGUAGCGGUACCUGUGGUUUAUAA